AUGCCAUUUAUGAUGUGUUUUAUGUUUUCAUUAAUUUCAGGUAAAGCUGCAAAGCCACGGUGUUUUAAAAAUCUUGAUAUGGCAAAAUUACCUAUAACCUGGCGGUAUAAUCGAACGGCAUGGAUGAAUAGUACCUUAUUUACUAAUUGGUUAUACGAAUUUGAUAAAAUGAUUCAAAAACAAAAACGUCAAAUUUUCCUGUUCUUAGAUAAUGCACCAGUACAUCCACCUGAGAUCAAGUUAAAGAACAUCGCCAUUAAAUGUUUCCCCGCUAAUACAACAGCUGUUAUUCAACCUAUGGAUCAAGGUAUAAUUCGAACUUUCAACGCUUAUUGUCGAAAACAUCUUGUUCAACAUAUUAUUGCAAAUGCUAAUGGUGCCUAUUCAAGCGAUUAUAUUGUCAUAACGGUAUUAUAUGCUGUUUGUUGGAUUGAUUCUGCUUGGAAAUUCAUCACAGAGACAAUUCUACGUAAUACAUUUAAAGAAGCUGGACUUGAUAAUGCUGUUGUUUCCCCAGAUUCGAUCUUGAUACAAACAACAUUUACCAAUGACGAUAGUGUUGAACAAGAAAAUAAAUGUUUACAUGAACUUGAUAACGUACUUAAACAUUUAACAAUCGAUGAUGAUUUCAUUUCAGCAGCUGAUUUUGUCAGUGCAGAUGAAGAUGUGCCGGUUUUCUAUCAAUUGAACGAUGCUAGUGAGAAGAGAUUAGCUGUUGAUGGUAUUGCAAAUGAUGAUAUACCUAAUGGUAAUGAUUUAGAUAUUGAACAGCCACCAUCAUUGUCGUAG